AUGGAAUGGGAAGAGAAGAAUCUGCAGACAGAAGAGCUAGGCCAUCCAGAAAUUAAGGGAGAAAUUACUAGAAAAGAUGAUAAGCUGCUGUCGUUACUAAAAAAUGUGUAUGUGGACUCCAAAGAUCCUGUGUCUUCUGUGCAGGUAAAAGCUGCUGAAACAUGUCAAGAGCCGAAGGAGUUCAGGUUGCCGAAAGGCCAUCAUUUCAAUAUGAUGAAUAUUAAGAACAUUCCCAAAGGCAAAAUUUCCAUCGUAGAGGCAUUGACACUUCUCAAUAAUUAUAAACUUCAUCCAGAAACUUGGACUGCUGAGAAAAUAGCACAAGAAUAUCAUUUAGAACAGAAAGAUGUAAAUUCCCUUCUUAGAUAUUUUGUUAUUUUUGAAGUCAAAAUUUUUCCUCCUGAAGACAAGAAAGCUAUACAAUCAAAAUGAAGAAAAUCACAGAAUUACUUUUCCCAUGUGUAUUCCUGUUAUCAUGUGCUAUAUAUUUCCUCAUUUCUAGCAUAUUAAAUUAUAUAAAUUACCGAGUGUUUAAUGCUCCCUACUUUUGAGAGCAUAUUAUUUAUUGAGGUCCUUAACUUUUCAGGAUUGCUCUUAGAAUAUAUUUUAUUUUCUUUCAAACUUAAAUUCGAUUUAGGCGUAUUUCAUAAUAUCAGCAUGACUAAUCAACACAUCUGUAAAUUUAUUAUAAAUAAAAGAAUUGUGUUAUUUUAAGUACAGGAUAUCAGCUUUUAAUUGGUCCUGUAGUUCCUUGGGAAAUGUCCUGAAUCCCUCAUUUAACAGUCAAAAUUUAGGUGGUUUAAUCGUUCUUCCUAUGGGAUAGUGAAGCAAAGUAUUAGCAAUCCCUGCUUGGACAAGUAGGCAGGCAGCAUGGGCAUGAUUUGAAAAAAUAACUUCUCUGAAUUUAAUAUAGAAGUGCAAGAAAAUUUUACAGAACAGUUGAAAAACCGUGCUAAAUGAAAUUUGAUGAUAAAUAAUAAUAUUUUCUAAUUUUAAUGCUGUUUGAGAAGAGAAAAAAUCGCAAGCAGCAGCAGAGAUUGUGACCAUUGGAAGGGACCUGGGAAAUGGCUGAUUCAAUCAUUUAGCACAUGUAGGAGUUCAGCAUGUACCAGUGUUAGGAUCUUGAAUAAGAUGGUGUGAGGUUAGCUCUGCCUUAUAUUAUGGCCUGUGGGGUCUGGGAUAGGCUGUAACCUCUUUCAGAUUGAAUUUCUUUUAUCAAAUGAGUAUAAUGUUGCCUCACUUAAACCUAAGGGCUAUCAUGAAGUUAAAUAAUAAAGGACUACAAAGGACUAAACAAGUAUUAAUUCAUUUUUGCAAUUGAAAAGCAGGUGCCUUAGGACCGUAUAUGGCCUAAGAUUCUGUAGUUAUGGUCUAGCCAGGACCAGAAUUUAGGUUUUCCAAAUCUGAGUGGCAUGUUUUUUCUGUUAUGCCAAAAGAAGCAGGAAGGCAGAAGGUAAGAAUUACAGAAAUAACGGGUUGUCAGUGUGCUUCAGAGGGGAGAAAGGCAUCACUGCUUCCCAGUGUGCUUCAGAGGGGAGAAAGGCAUCACUGCUUCCCAGGCUCUUCUGGAAAUGACGUAGAAGAUGCUGAGGAACUCGGCAUGAUAGAAUGAGGCAUUUGUAGCAAUGCUGAGAACAGAAAAAGACUGCAUUGGGGAAUUUGUAAGCUCAAGUGCAGUUCUAUUAUGUAAAUAUAUCUAGAUUAUUUUCAGUGCAAAACAGUAGUUCUUUCAAGAAAGCAUGAAAGCACUAUAAUCAUACAAUUGCAUUUUAAAACACCUGUAGAUCUUGGGUAGAAUUUUUUUAAAAACUAAAUCAGUCAAGCUUUUUCCUUUUAUCAUUUAAUGGUUAAUACUUGAGUACUAGAGAGAAAAAAGUUUAAAAAAUACUCGAGUACUGCUGUUUUUGAGUCAUCUUCCCCAUUCAAAUCUCCAUUGUGUGGUUACUAUAAGUAUGAUUGCUAUCAUGCUGUCACCUGAUACAAUAAAGUACUUCUCAUAUAAUUCA